GGCGGUGCAGUUUCCCAGAUGCUGAGGGCUUGGGUUUUAGUUCCUCUGUGCUUUGGGGAGUGUUUGCGCUUUGCUUUCACCUUUUCAGAUGUUCGUAUCUUUCUAGACCACGAUUUUAUUGGGAGGUAAAAGUCAAUGUAGUGUAAGAUGCCUUAUGGUGAAAUUGAAGCGGAAUCCUUGGAUCGUGGUGAAGAACUAACAGGUGAACCAUGCUAUAAAAAACUGAAGUCAACUGAAGAGGUGUAUGUUUUUUCCCAUCAUGGUAGUGCUAAUUUCCACAGAAUCCAAGAGAAAACUGGGAAUGAUUGGGUCCCUGUGACCAUUGUUGAUGUCAGAGGUCAUAGUUAUCCUCAGGAGGACAAAACCAAAACUACAGACUUGGUGAAACCUGUGCAUGAUGAGAUUCCUGACAAUAAUAGAUCAGAUGUUAUUGAAUCCAUUGAUCCACCAAUUUUACAGGAUGCAAGUCCUGCAUUGGUAUCCAAAGAUGAUGAGAUAUAUAGCACAAGUAAAGCAUUUAUAGGACCCAUUUACAAACCUCCUGAGAAGAAGAAAUGUAAUGAAAGGGGAAAUCACUCAGAUGCAAUCAGUGGUACAGAUGGCAAAGGAGGACGAGAACAGAAACAGAAAUUCAACUCCAAAAAAUCAGAGCUUGACAAUGAAUUAUUCCAGUUUUAUAAGGAAAUUGAAGAGCUUGAAAAUGAAAAAGAUGAUUUGGAAGGCAAUUGUAAAGAACCCAAACCCUCUGAGGAAAAACUUAUUCCAUAUUAUCAGGACCAUUAUAAUGAGCUGUUAAAAUCUGAAGAAGGAAAGGAAAGAGAUAUUAGUAAUGUUCUUCAGUCACAUUGUGGUUUUCAGCAGCAGGUGGAGAAUGAACCAGGCAAAUAUCCUUGUAAUGGACAAGUAAUACCUGCAUUCUGUGAAGAUUCGUUAAUUUCCUUCGGGCCUGAAUGGCAGUCAGUACAUUCUUUUAUAGUACCCCAAGGUCCUCCUCCUCCCAUUUUUAACUAUCAUUUAAAUACGCAAAGAUUUAAUGCUCCACUAAAUCCACCAUCAAGUAUUUUCCAUGCUCCAGAUGGGUCUCAGCAUCAAAAUGGCUAUUAUGUAAAUAGUUGUCACAUUAACUGGCAUUGUUUGACUUUUGAUCAGAACAAUGACUAUAUUGACUGUAGUGAGAAUACCAGUAGAGAUCAUUCCUCUACAAAUGGUUACAGUGUGCAAGAUGCAUAUGUGAGUAAUGGUUUCUGUGAAACCAGGGAAGGAUGCUGGAAAGAUCCUUCUAUGGACAAGCAUAAUGGAACAGACAGGCUUAUGAACCAGCAGUUUCAAGAGGAAAAGUUAAAUAAAUUGCAGAAGUUACUUAUUCUUUUAAGAGGUUUGCCUGGUUCUGGGAAAACAACGUUGUCUCGAAUUCUGCUUGGUCAGAGUCGUGAUGGCAUUGUAUUCAGCACUGAUGACUAUUUUCACCAUCAAGAUGGGUACAGGUAUAAUGUUAAUCAACUUGGUGAUGCCCAUGACUGGAACCAGAACAGAGCAAAACAAGCUAUCAAUCAGGGGAGAUCUCCAGUUAUAAUAGACAACACUAAUACACAAGCUUGGGAAAUGAAACCAUAUGUGGAAAUGGCCAUAGGAAAAGGAUACAGAGUAGAGUUUCAUGAACCUGAAACUUGGUGGAAAUUUGAUCCUGAAGAAUUAGAAAAGAGGAAUAAACAUGGUGUAUCUCGAAAGAAGAUUGCUCAGAUGUUGGAUCGUUACGAAUACGAAAUGUCCAUCUCUAUUGUAAUGAAUUCAGUGGAACCGUCACACAAAAGCACACAAAGACCUCCUCCUUCACAGGGGAGACAGAGGUGGGGAGGCUCUCUAGGCUCACAUAAUCAAGUCUCUGUUACAAAUAAUCAUUAAACUGGCUAUUUUCAGCUAACACAUUUGUUGGCUUGCCCUUGAAAAAAAUUAGUGAGCCUAUCUUGAAGUUUAAAUAGUUUAAAAUUAAAAAAAAAAAGACUAUGUUGCCUCACAAAGGAUGUUCCCAGCAAGUUGUUUAAAUCCUAAAGUGUAAAUAAAAAUUAUAUAAAAUUGUUUUU